UGCGCAGGAGCUCUCCGAAUGGUGGGCUGAUCUCCCGGCCGAUUUUCGAGGAAAACAAAGAUCUGAUUACCGUCCGAUGUGAGCUCGACACGGCACAGGAGAGCUGCCACCAACAACCGCCAUCGCCGGCGCGAAGCCACGACCAUGGCCUUCUUCCAGCUCGGCCUGCGCAGGGCCGCUGCGCAGCUGCCCAGGGCGGCAGUUGCCUGCGGGCCGUGUCUGCUGCGGCAGCAGGUUCCGGCCGCUCCGGCAUCGCGCGUCCUGAAGCUCGUCAGAGCAGCAAGGCACUUCAACUCGACCGCGACCGAGCCGAAGAGCCCGCUCGGGUCUCUGGCCAACGAUAUCUCGAAGGCGGCGCGGUCCCCACCGCAGCAAACAGCGUCCGCACGCAGCUCGGGGAAAUCGUCGUCCUUUCCCGAGACGAAUGCGAAGGUGGUGGGCUACUGGCUUGUGGGCAGCGCCGUGAGCGUCUUCGGCAUCGUGGUCUGGGGAGGCUUGACGAGGCUGACGGAGUCCGGACUGAGCAUCACGGAAUGGAAGCCCGUGACAGGCGCUCUGCCGCCCAUGUCCGACGCCGACUGGCAGUCUGAAUUCGACAAGUACCGCGCGUCUCCCGAAUUCAAGCUUCUCAACCCCCACAUGGACCUCGCCGAGUUCAAGAAGAUCUACUUCAUGGAGUGGGCGCACCGCCUAUGGGGCCGCUUCAUUGGUCUCUCUUUUGUGAUACCGACCGUCUAUUUUAUCGCCCGCCGUCGGGUGACUCCCCGGAUGGCCGCCAAUCUUGUCGGUAUCUCGGGCCUCAUCGGCUUCCAAGGCUUCAUCGGAUGGUGGAUGGUCAAGUCCGGGUUGAAAGAUGAUCUGUUCGCGCCUGGCUCUCACCCUCGCGUCAGCCAGUACCGUUUGACGGUGCACCUCGCUACCGCCUUCAUCUGUUACGCCUGGAUGCUUCUCUCUGGCCUCGGCGUCCUUCGGACGCACCGGCUCCUGCGCGACCCGGAAACAGCCGCCAAGAGCCUUGCUGCGCUACAAUCGCCCACGUUGAGGGUCCUUCGCGGAUCUGUUGCGGCCCUGACGGUGCUCAUUUUCACCACCGUUCUCUCGGGCGCCCUCGUUGCCGGCCUGGACGCCGGCCUUAUCUACAACGAGUUCCCCAAGAUGGGCAACGGCUACGCGCCGCCCAAGUCGGAGCUCUUCGACAGAUUCUACUGCCGCAAGGAAGACGGGUCCGACCUGUGGUGGCGCAACAUGCUCGAGAACCCGUCGCUCGUCCAACUCGACCACCGCAUCCUCGCCAUGACGACCUUCACCGCCGUGGUGGUGCUGUAUGCCUACAGCCGGACGGGCAGGAUCAAGGCCGCGAUGCCCAGGGACGUGCGCAGGGGCGUUACCGGCCUCCUGCACCUUGUUCUGACGCAGCUUACGCUCGGCCUUGGGACGCUGCUGUACAUGGUUCCCAUCUCGCUUGCGGCUGCCCAUCAGGCGGGUGCGCUAGGCCUUCUGACCGGGGCGCUGGUUCUGGGCCAUCGCCUCCGCGUGCCCAGGGCGACGCAGGCGCUGGUGCAGAAGGCGCUGCACUCGCCUGCUAGGAUGCAAGCGGACGCCAUGAGCUCGAAGCUCCUGAAGAGGAUCGCCGAGAAGAACAGCGCUUAGACGGCGCCGGCGCGCGGGUCGUUGGCGAUGGAUCGUCACCGGCGCAGUGCCGGGAGUGUGCAUAGACCCUUGUAUGAUAUGAUGGACGCGGACAUAUACCCCCAAGCUUCGCCUGUCUCAACCCAGUUGUAAGAAAACGGCGCCCUGUGUAACGAUAGGACAUUUGGAAAGAA